AUCAUUUUCUUUAUAAUAUCGAUAAUAUUAUCUUACCAAUAGGUUUAUAUACAUAGAUUUACAAACGCAUUAAAUUUGGGUAAUUUAAACAAUAUAAAAUCUGCAGACCAUGAAAAUAAGGUCCCUAUAGCUUAUUGAUUUUAUCUCGUAUCCGCAUAGAAUGGAGUUGUAAGUUAAUAAGUAUUUCAUGUGUUGAGACUUCCUGAGCUAAAUAUUUGGAUAAUGCUUAGGCAAGAAAAUUUAGCCGCAAAUUUUUGUGGUUUGCUGGCGGCUCAGGGAUUUAAAGAAAAGGCUAUUGAAUGGCGCAUACUUGGACAGGAGCGUGAUGGCUCAAUGCUAACAUCAUGGAUUUUCGAGGAUUUAAAUACGAACGUGCGUGAGACUUGCAUUGGACAUUUUAAUGCAACAGCAAAGACGUUGCGCAUAUUAUACCGAUUUGUAAAAGAAUGUCCGGAAAUUGUGCAAGCCACCAUUAAUGGCGGUAAAACCUUGUUGGCAUACGUUGAGAAAAAAAUGUUUUCCUUUGAAAACGAAGAGGCACGUCUCCACUACCAAGCAUACAUUGUUCAGACGUGUCUUCCAGGUGAAGGUGCAACAGCGAUUCCUUUACUGGAGUCGCCAACACGUCGCCAAGUAAUGGCCCAAUUUUUGUGGCGAAAUGAGAAGGGAUCUGAUAUAAAAACUAGUCAAGAAAAACUACUACUGCUUAUACAUGAGACUUGUAUAAAGCAAUUCGUUUGCAACAUAAAACAUAUGGAAACCGAUGAAAAAAGCCAAACUAGUACAUCGGAAAAUGUAUCGUUAGAUGACACAUUGUUUUUCGAUGCAGGCAUGAUUACUUCCGAGACGAUUGCUAAAAAUUUCAGUUGGGCCCAAUGGGAUUCAGAUAACCAGGCAUUAUACUACAUUCAUCUAAAACCAAAGGCAAAAAGUCUAAGUCUCAUGGAUCGUGAUGAAACGGAGAAAAACAAAGAAAAUGAAUUAAGUCCCACGCUAUCAGCUUUUCAGUUUAAUGAAAAGUUGCCUACAGAGACAGUGCUGAACAUUCCACUAAAUUUGCCAAAAUUACCACAAGGCUCAUUUGACGGCGAACCGAUCUACGAAGACGAUGCUGUUCCUUUGAGAGUGCACGACUCUUCAUUAAAUUUAAUUAUUUUGACUAAUGGCACCGGAAUGUUGUUCGUUUGUCACUACUAUCUUUACCAACCAAUACAACCGAAAAAUGUAGACGAUACACCAGCUGAUGGCGCCGGCCCAUCUCAGAAGGUCAAUGUUCAUUUCGCAUAUUCGGUAACACUUCUACACCAUGGCUGCGUCGUGCAUUGCGUUAUGCCGGGUGUGCCGUGGGAGAAGGCGCGCUUACUUAAGCCAACAUUCGCCCUACAUGGCACCCAUCAUUUGCUAGUAUUCCAGCCGGAUUUAUUUGUCCAUUUAUUAGAUGUGGGCUUGAGUCAUGAACCGUGCUGCCACAUAGUGUGCCCUGCACAUAAUCGCAAUCCGUUGACGCAACUUGUGCCAUGUCAAAAGUGGGGCUCUUUAGCAUAUGAUACCGCAACUUUAGAUCUGGUUUCACUUAGUGUGCCACGUGCGCACUUGAUUGAAGCUUUCCGCAAUGACACAUCUGUUGAUAAUCGUCUUAGCAUUAUUCAUUAUUUCCUGUUGCAUUCCAACGAUAUGGAUGUGCUUGCAGAAUUGUUAGGUAUAAUAAUGGAGAGACCGCUGUCAUUGGAUACUGUAGCAUUGCUGAAAGAAUCUUUGGUGGCGGGUAGUUAUGCCGCAACACUGCGCAGUCUGCCAGCGGACGCGAUAACACUUGCACGAUUUCUACCACUCACGACCGCUGAUGCAACGCGACCCAUACAGGCGCGUGUGGCCGAUAUUAGCGUGGGCUUGUCCCAUGAAAGCCUCUACAACACAACCAUGAUGUUACUAUCGCCUCAUCAACGGUUAUCUCCUUAUAACUCUGAUAUUUGGACGCGCUUAUGGGAACAUUUGAACGAGGCUGAACAGAAGGAGAGACACCGCUUCAAUGCGGAUCAAGUGACCGAAAAGCUUAUGUUUUCGCUAUCGUGCUAUCAACCGGAAGCAUUAUCGCGUUGCACAACACCGUUAACACCAAGUGCAAGCGCGGGAAAUACCUUUAACGAUUUAUCUACGACAAAUAGACGUAGCUGCAGCGAAGUGUUACCCUUUAUCGAGAUGGAGACGUGUACAGCUACAAAACAGGAGCAUGUUAUAUCAGUGAAUAUGCGCGAGUUGAGCGUACACCUAGUUAAGCAUUCCGCCAAACCCAAUACAGGCUUUCGUUGGCUGAAAGAGACCUUUUUCGAGCGUUCUCAGGCACCAGCCCAUGUACAUGCUGUUGUUACGCAGUAUGUGAGCUCACAAUUGGAAUUGUCACGUGCACUAUGUUCUCUCGUUUGUCGCGCGGCCGGACUGAAUGCGCGUCAUGAGACAGCGCGUGGUUUUCAUUUAAUCGAUCAAAUGAACAAAUAUCAACAGUAUUCACUUUUCUUAAUUCUGGAGCGUUAUUGCCUGGCGGUGGAGUCAAUCGCUUUUCCGUUGCCACAGGGUUUUGCUUCCUUCUUCACUUACCUCGGUUAUCGUGCGCUGACUUUCGAGAUGUUCUUGCAAUACGUGGAGAAUCACGUAUUCGAGUUGCAAAUUGAUGUCAUGAAGACAAUUAUUAACGGUAUCGAUGACACGCCGGCGGGUGUUGAAAAGAAACUUUCCUUGCUGUCGGCGCUACCGAAAUCACGUGCUCAGCGCUUAUUAAAGAGUUGGUCACAUCCAGAGAGUUUGAUGAUCCGCGGACGCGAACAUGCAGCUAACAUAUUAUCUGGACAUCCAGUACAACAGCGUGGCGGCAGUGCGGUUGUAAAUGCUAACACGCAAGGGCGCACAUCAUUGAGAAGUGGUAUUGCAGCCGAUACCUUGUCGCCCUUAGAUUCGUUUUUGGAUCUUCUCACCGCCAAGGCAAGCCUAAACGAGUUGGACUACAAUUUACUAAUCGAAACCACAAUUUCAUCAAUGGAGAGAAUUAACCAUAAAGCAUAAGCUAUAUUUUGCAUUUAAUUGUGGAGCAUUCGAAAAAUAUUCGGGUCUGUGCCAUAAAAAUGACGUGUAAUUCCAGCAGCUAACCACGAGGCUUUAAAUUAAGAUUUAUUAAUUAAUCAAUUUGUUAAUUGACGUUUUGUUUUGUCUGCAUGGUAGUUUUUUUGUUUGUUUUUGUAAUCGAGAGAAAUUGUAUCCCGAAAUGGAAUUGAAAUUCUUAAAAUAAUUUAUUUUAGGAAAAGUCUAUUAUUUCUCCGAGCUACAAUUAUUUCAGUAAUAUUUUACAACAAUUUGUUAUUUUUUUCUCUAUACAAGUACAACUAUUAAUUAAUUACUUUUUUAUAGUUUAGAUUUUUAGUACAAACUGUCGGUAUUAUGCCAAACAAGUACUUAAAAUAAAUAAUCCCAUACAUACAUACAUAUAAUAUGUAUAAGAGUA